UGAUGGUAUCAUAUUUAGGACGGGACGGGAACUUCUUGUUGAUGUAUAUCGAGCAAGAUGCUGAAAGUGAAAGCGAAAGUAGGAUUCGCUCUACCGCGCACUGCAACGGAAGUACAGGUAGACCAAUCAGGAUGCUGUUUCAAGUACCAGUCUCCCACUUCUCAACAUGCUGAAGACUUGCCACGUAUUCCGCGACGUAAUGUUCCAUAGUGCAUGGCGAUGUGAAGAGAACUGUGAUGGCCAGUACAGAUGAAGACUGUGGACACCAUCUGGUAAAGGCAACUUCUGGUGAGCAGUCUAAAGGUCACAUGGCAACUUCUGGUGAGCAGUCUGAAGGUCACAUGGCAACCUCUGGUGAGCAGUCUGAAGGUCACAUGGACACUUCUGAGCCUCAAGGACAUUUGGCUAUUUCUGAUGUUGACAUGGCAAGUUCAGCUGGGGAAAUCUUCACAACAGAGGAUGACUCUGGAAACAGCGUGGUCAGUUCAGACGAGGAACCCCAAGGUCAUCUGGUAUCGGCAGGUUCAGCUGAGACCGAGGAGGACCUUGAGCCAGUGAGCCAGCCACCAGUCAAAAGAUUAAGAACAGGUGACCAUCCUUCAGGUGGCUUCCAGGUGGCGAACACUCUGAACAUCAUCACUGGACAGGCCGGACAAGGAACACUUGGGAGAGGUACCCUUGAUUUGCGCACAGACGAAGCGAAGAAGAUUUUUCUUCCAACUGAACCCUACAAAGACGUGAAACGAAAAUUGAAGGCAUUUGGACAUGUGACCAUCUGCGGGGCUUCGGGAGAAGGCAAGACAACGAUGGCUCUGGUGUUAGGUUCACAGUACAGAGACAAAGGCUACGAGGUCGUGUUUGUGGACAACAUUGAGAAGUUUGACUUAGACCAGUGUCUUAGUAGCCACCCCAGAGUAUUCCUCAUAGUAGAUGACAUGUUUGGUACUGUUGGAUUAUCUGCGAAUACAUCACAGGUGAAAACCUUUCUAAACAACCUUCUCCUCCAUUUAGAACAAAAGGGGAGUGCGGAAAAGCUGCAGUCAGAAAUGCAUGAAAGCAGUGAUGCUGUUGGUAAAUCCAGAAAGAAAGAGCAGAGUCAACCAGAAUUUCAAACAAAAGAUAGUGAUGCUGUUGGUAAAUCCAGAAAGAAAGUGCAGAGUCAACCAGAAUUUCAAACAAAAGAUAGUGAUGCUGUUGGUAAAUCCAGAAAGAAAGUGCAGAGUCAACCAGAAUUUCAAACAAAAGAUAUUCGUGUUGUCUUCACAUCAAAGUCAUACAACUUCCAUGAUGGACUUGCAAAACUGCAGUACGAGGGUUUCAAACUGUUCAAAGGUCAAACUGUAAUGGAUUUAACCACACAAGAUAAAUACUGGCUUUCUGACAAAGAGAAAAAGACAAUAUUUGAACGACAUAGGAAAGCUCUCGGUGACUGCUCCAUGCAACAUAUACCUGAUUACAGUGAGCUGGAAAUCUGUUCAAAUAUCUUUGGAUUCCCUCUUAUUUGUAAACUUUGUUUUGAAUUUUCAUCUUUCUACAAAAAUGCAAAAUCAUUUUUCAAGGAACCACUGUUUUAUCUCAGGUUAGAGCUAAAGCGUUUGCUUGAAGAGAGAAAUGACCGAUCGGCCAUUCUGGUUCUGAUGCUACUGUGUGAAGACAAAUUGGACCUGAGCAAGUUAGACAGUGAAGGUGAGGAUAAGGAAAUGGACAGCCUGGUCAAAACUGUUUUACAGAUGAUGUCUGACGCUACACGUUCAGGCAUGUACAAAGCAGCUAAAGGUUUGAGAGGUACAUUCUUCACAAGAGGAGACACUGUUGGCUUUGCUCAUUCUUCAAUCUAUGAUGCUUGUGCCUGUGCCUUGUAUAAUAUCAGUCCAAUCUUUGUUUUGAAGCACUGCAGUGAUGACUUUCUGUUUGAAAGGGUACAAGGUGACAAGGUUGAAGAAACCAAAGUUGAUGAUCAUCUCCAUUUGAUAUAUGUCUCAGAGAAUUAUGAUGACCUACUUACCACAAGGUUUACACAGUCUAUUAAACAAGGACAGUUUUCAAAAUCAGUGACACAUCCAAUUCUCAAACAAGACGCCACAGUUUUCAAGCUGCUCGAGAAACUUCAUUGUGAUCGGACAAAACAUCUUUGGUUUCACAAGAAAGAGAAAGGACAAUGUUUUCUGUACUGGGCAGUUCUUGGACAUAAUGCACGUCUAAUUACAGGUAUAGAACACACAACUGGAGAAGAGUUCACUCAAGGAGAAAUCAGUGAGGCCAUGGAAGGAUGUGCACAAAGCAACAAUGUGACAGCAUUGAAAUGGCUGUUCAGCAGGAGUGAGAAACAUGACCAUCAGUUGACACUGAACAGACUUUUGUUGGCAGCUGCUGAAAGUGGCAGCUCUGACAUACUAGUGUAUCUGCUGCAGGAAGGCGCUGAUAUUAACACAAGUGACAAAAACAUGCAAACCAUCUUCCAUCUUGUCUGUAAAUCAGGAAUUGAAAAAAACCUGAAAGUCCUGUUAACCAGGAAACCUGGGAAUAAUGUUAUAAACUCUGUUGAUGUGAAUGGCAGGACCCCUGUCAUGGUUGCAGCACACACGGGAUCAGAGGGAUGUUUUAAGUUACUGCAGACAACAUCAAAUUUGAAUGUGAAAGAUAAACAUGGCAGUGGAAUUAUUCAUCUUGCCUGUCGUGGUGGGAACACUGCUAUAGUACAACAUGUCCUGUCUCCAUCUAACAUCAACAGCAGAGGGAGUGAAGGAUACACACCUGUGAUGAAAGCUGUAUUCCAUGGACAUCAAGAUGUUGUUGACCUCCUUGUGCAGCACAAAGCUGACCUCACACUUCUAACAGACAGUAAUGAGGACAUUGAAUGUGUAGCUCAGAUGGGAGGACAUCCUACACUAGCCAAGUAUCUUCAAACAGUUAAACAUCCUCACUGAUUAAGCUGUGUGUUAUGUGUUCUGAAGGAAAUUUAUUGAUUGUGUAUUGCAACUAUGUUCUACUAUAGAACAUUCAUUCUUGCAGACUUGGGAACACUGUAAACAUUUAGUCAAUACAUUUGUGCUUAUUUUGUAUUUAUGCUGAAUAUAUUUCAACAGUAUUGCUUAACAAUUGUGAAGUGGUUGUCAACAUUUGAACCUGUUGCCUACAUAUGCAGGUGAGCUACAGUGCUGAGGCACCAUAUUAACAGUUAAGUCAGUUUUCUCAAAUUUUCUCUGAGAGAAAAUUAUUUUUCCAUUAUUUAAUCUGAAUAUAUAAUAUGAGAGCGAGGCGGAGCUUUUCGUCUUGAAAAGACAGGAAUAUCUGUGAAAUGAUGAUUUUACAAACUUCCCAUCUUUUUCUGACACGAAGAGCUAACACUGACCAUCCAUGUAUUGCCACUCAGCUUGCAGUGUAGAAAUGUCCUAAUUUUGCUCUAGAGAAGUUUGUACAAAUAUUAUGAUUGUAAAUAUUGGCUCAGUUUGUAAUAAAAUUCAAUCAUCCUUGUA